AUGGAGGGGCCCGAACGUCGCAGCUUUCUUGGCGCCCAAACCCUGUACAAAAAUCGACAGUCGGACGAUCGCAAGCCGGCACAUAUCCUCAACCCAUAUAAUCGUACGACGGACGCAACGAGGAUCACUGGGCUGGCUGGUGCCGGCUCGGGCUCCGGCACUGGCCACACUUCCUACUUUCGGGAGUCUCUCGCCCGCGGCCAGCCUACAUCCCAGUCUACUCAAAGCAUAAAACUCGAAGAGAACCGGAUGGGCGGAUUCCAUACUCCUCCCCGGAUCAACCCAAGUCUUUAUAGCGGGAGUCAGUCGGCUCAUGCUCCUCGGCGCUCCCAGGGACCUGAGACGCGUUUUGAGUUCGAGACGUCAGGCUCUUACACCGCACCCAACGUUUCAUCUCAGUACCUCGCGCCUAGAAACUCCCCGUACGAGCCCUCGAUUAAGGAGGAGCACGACGCCGAUGCCAGCGCGUCACCUCGCGUCAUGCCAGGAGAUGAUGAGUCUGACAUUCUCGCUCGGCUUUCGAGGAUGCAGGCCCGAGCAAAAAAUGACAAUGUGCGGCUCAUAAACGAACGGUCCGCUCUCGAGGCUCAACUCUCUGAAAAGGAUCGAGACAUCGCAGAGCUCAAGCAUCGCGUUGCUGACCUGACCAACCAACACUCCCAUCUCAAAACAUCCAACAAGAAACUGGCGGAUACGGCUAACAGGAACUUGGCAGAGCUGAGGAGGGACUACGAGGCGCUCAAGGCUGAGACCCAGCCAUUCUCCCAACUUUUAACAGAAGGUAGGGAAGCCAUCACCGCCAUGGCAGAGUUCCGAGAAGUCGCUCGCCAUCGUCUUACUCAGCUCGAGCCGAUGCUGGAUGAUGAUGGGAGCUUUAUAGAAAGUUCAAGCGUACGGCGAACGCUUGACGAGCUGCGUAGCGAUCUCUUAAACACCCAACAGGUCACGGAUAUCCUCCGAGAAAGGCUACGUGACAUGUCUUCCGACCUCAGUGAAGCGCGAAGUCGAGGCCUCGAAGUUGAACAAAGUCGUAUGCAGGACGUUAGAUCCCUUGAGGUGCUGUCCGAGAAGUAUAGACAAAAUGUCGCCGAAUUCUCUGAUCUCAAUAGCCACUACCAAGUUCAGCGACAAGAGUACUUCGACACCCUUUCUAAGUUUCUUGAGGUGGAGCAGCAAUCGUCCCAGUUUGGUGCCCAGGCAGAGGAACUUGGGCGACAGGUCACUUCUCUGCAGCACGUCUCCGACGAGAAAGACGGGAUCCUUAGGGGAAAAGAUGGGAUCCUCAUGGAACAGGAGACUGAGCUUCGAGACCUCCGUGCCGCAAGGUUGUACUUAGAACGGAGCAUAGCGGACCUGGAGGACAGGGCUCGUAAAGCCGAGCAGGAUGCCUCGGAUGCAAAGACCAUGUUCUUCAAUGCUCAAGCUGAUUCGGAGGCGCUUCGAGAUGCUCUCAGAGCGGCGAACGAACAAUUGUCGAGGCUUCAGGCGACGAACGAAGCGGUAACCGACAGGUAUAAUUCCGUGCUCAAAGACCUCUACGAUGUCGAGUGCUCGCAGAAAAUGUCGGCUGCGCAGCUCUCCGACGCCAUCGCCGAGCGCGACUCGCUUAGGGAGGAACUAAAGGUCUCGCGACAGCAAAACGAGACCAAUAGGGCGAGGUGGCAAGAGUCAGAAGCGAAUAGAAGGAACCUCCAGGAUCGGUUUGAAGAACAAACCGUCAGCCUGAAGUUGGCGAAGGAUAACGUAGGCGAGAUCCAAGAGCGCUUGGAUGCAUCCGAGACCGCAACGAAGACCGACAUGGCGUUUCUACAAGGACAGCUUCUGAAUAUGAAGAAGAACCAUGACGACACGAAUGGGGAGCUUACUGCCGUCCGUACUAGUGCUGCUUGCCUUGAGAAAGAUCUGGCGUGUCAAGAAGUCAAGUAUCAGGCGUCGCUCUCCCGCAGCGAAGAGGAACGUCUCCGAGCCGUGGAACGACAGGAAAGUCAGGAACGCGAGGGGCGGAGGUGCAAGGAAAAGGUCAUCGAGUUGGAGGGGGUAUUAGCUGCUAACAUUCGCAGGGUAGAGGAUCUUCAGAAAGCAUACGAAGAUGCAAAAGAGGGUACUAGGACUGCCACAGCUUCUCUUACCGCACGGGUCACGGCUCUGGAAGCAUCCGAGAAACGCCUCAUAGAACGAUCCAACACCAUCACCGGAAGGUACAAGGCGAACGACCUGAAUCAGAACGAGGCGGCCCUGGUAAACACGAUAACCCAGCAAUCAAGAGCUAUUUACGAGCGUGAAAUCGCUACGAAGACGAAUGACAUUCGGAUGCGCGAUAACAUGAUCAAACAACAUGAAGCCCGCAUUAAGCAGCUUGAGACGAGCUUGUCCCGGCGAAUCAGAGAAGAAGCGCCAUCGGUGGCAACUUGUGUUGACCGCUCACACGAUGUCAACGAGCAGCCAACGGACUCGGAGGGUAAUGUCAAUGCACAUAACCCGCCCUAUCGGGCUCGGACAGACGCCAUCUUGGGGGCGACCGGUGCAGGGGGUGGCAAGGGAUCUGGCAUCAGACCGUCGCAAAUUUCUAUGUCCAACAAGCACGUUACGUUCGCCGAUAUAUGCGACGACGGCGAUGAUAUCCUUGACUUUGAGGACAGCCAGCGUUCAGCAACCGCAGGUGGCGGACGAAUCAAGAGGAAAGACGCUUCCCCUGUUGUUGACGUAGACGACGAUGAAGAUGAGGAGCCACCGCAACCCCUACGACCGGUCAAACGCCCGCAGCGAAACUCAGCCAGGGUUCCCGAAGUCGAGCAGGUUGCUGACAAGGCCUCAGCCACGACGUCCAACAAGAAGGGCACGAAGCGCUCAGGCCGCUAG